GCGUCUCUCUGCUCGUUGGCUUCGACUUGCAAAACACUUAAGAGCUGUGUCUCCUCAUCUUCACUCCCAACUUCCACAUCUUCAAUAAUGUCUUCGUAUUCUAAUAAUCAUUUUGCUUACGCUUUUCUACUUCUCCUAGUAAUCGGUAACACAAUUGCAUUUUCUUCGAGUUCGUCGGCUCAUGUUCAAGAUCCAAAUCUAGUAGUUGAUGAAGUUAACAGAAGUGUAUUCAAUGCGUCAAGGAGGAGUUUGGCCUACCUAUCUUGCAGAACCGGAAAUCCUAUUGACGAUUGUUGGCGGUGUGACCCGAAUUGGGAAACAAACCGCCAACGGUUAGCAGAUUGUGCCAUUGGGUUUGGCAAAAACGCUAUCGGAGGCCGUGAUGGUCGAAUCUAUGUAGUUACAGAUCCGGCCAACGACGAUCCAGUAAACCCUAGACCCGGAACUCUAAGAUAUGCAGUCACACAAGAAGAACCAUUAUGGAUCAUUUUCAAGAGAGAUAUGGUCAUUAGGCUCAAUAAAGAACUUAUCAUCACAUCUUUCAAGACCAUUGAUGGUAGAGGCUCGAGUGUUCACAUAACUAAUGGACCAUGCUUGAAGAUACACUAUGCAACUAACAUUAUCAUUCAUGGCAUUAACAUCCAUGACUGCAAACCAGGAUCAGGUGGCAUAAUUAAAGAUGAGCCACAUCACACCGGGUUGUAUAUCCCAUCCGAUGGAGACGCCGUGGCGAUAUUUGGAGGGAAACACGUGUGGAUUGACCAUUGCUCGUUGUCGAACUGCGAUGAUGGACUCAUAGACGCUAUACAUGGUUCAACGGCUAUAACCAUAUCGAACAAUCACAUGACGCACCAUGACAAGGUCAUGCUUUUAGGGCAUAGUGAUAGUUACACGCAGGACAAGAACAUGCAAGUCACAAUUGCGUUUAACCAUUUCGGAGAAGGACUCGUUCAAAGAAUGCCACGGUGUAGGCAUGGAUAUUUCCAUGUAGUGAACAAUGAUUAUACUCACUGGGAAAUGUAUGCAAUCGGUGGAAGUGCUUCUCCAACGAUAUACAGCCAAGGCAAUAGAUUUCUCGCUCCUAACACCCGAUUUAAUAAAGAGGUUACUAAACAUGAAGAUGCACCCGAAAGCCAAUGGAGAGAUUGGAAUUGGAGAUCGGAAGGAGAUAUGUUAUUGAACGGAGCUUAUUUCCGCGAGUCCGGUGCUGGAUCUCCCUCUACUUAUGCAAGAGCUUCGAGCCUGAGUGCGAGGCCGUCGUCUCUUGUGGGUUCCAUCACGACGACAGCAGGCACUUUGAGUUGUCGGCGAGGCCGUCGCUGUUAAUGAUAAUGCAGGAAAUCAUAAAGAGAGAAGAAAUUAUAAUGGAUCAU